CAGCUACCUGCAGAACGACAUCACCCGCCACGUCAACAGCUGCCACCGCGGCGAGCUCAACUUCGUCUGCUCCCGCUGCGAGGCUCGCUUCAGCUCCGAGACGGCCCUCAAGCAGCACGUCCUGCGGCGGCAUGAGGAGAAGGUGUCCUACGGCUGCCCGCGCUGCGGCUUCGUGUGCCACAGCGAGGCCACGCUCAAGUGCCACGUGCAGAAGCAGCACCCGCACCUGGAGUGCAGCACCUGCAAGGAGACCUUCGCCACCCGGGAGGCUCUGGAGGAGCACAAGACGCAGCAUUUCAGCCACCGCUGUGAGCUGUGCAGCUUUGCAGCCAAGGAGCGGCAGCAGCUGGUGUGGCAUUACGGGGAGGGACACGAGCCGGGCGCCCCCCAGGACAAACCCCUGCAGUGCCCCUUCUGUGACUUUGCCUGCCGCCACCAGCUUGUCUUCGACCAGCACAUGAAGGGCCACGGGGGCACCCGCGUGUACAAGUGCUUGGACUGCGAGUACACCACCAAGAACAGGCAGAAGAUCACCUGGCACAUCCGCAUCCACACCGGCGAGAAGCCCUACAAGUGCCACCUCUGUAAAUACGCCUGCGCCGACCCCUCGCGUCUGAAGGUGACUAGCAUCCUCGUGCAUGGUAAAGGGCCUUUCCUGGAACAGGAGGGCCAGGCAUGA